CCAGGGAAGAGAGGCUGAGCUCGACGCUUUGACACAAACACAAGAGAGAAGAGAUGCUGAGAAAGUCACGCUUCUCUUCAAUGGCGGUUUUGGAGCGACUAGCAAGGACUGCUCGGUCAUGGCGGAGGAUCCCCUAUCUGAAAACCCUGAUCCCUUCACGUGCUCCGUUACGUGAAGUAGAUCGUAGCGAGUACUUUUUAGUUGGUGCAAUUGGAGCUGGAGCUGGUUUUGUUGGAGCUCUAGUGCUAGUAGCACCUUCUGCUAACGAGGAAAUGGUUGCUCAGUAUGCAAAGAAACUUUCAGAAUCUGAGUUAAAUGAGUUACGUGAAGUUGCUCGAGUAACGUCAUUGCCAUCUAUCUCUGGAACCGACAUCUUUGAUGUGCCAUACAUGUAUGGAAGGGACAUCCUUAGUAUGUGCCAACAAGCAAAGCGGGCACGGCUUAUUCGAGAACAAGCAGCUAACAAUGGAGGAGUACAGAAAGAGUGCCAUGAAUCAAAGAAAGCCUCUACCUAGAGUAGGGAAACCUAAACCUAAAUCCAGAACCCGUACAUGCAGAUUUUUAUAGUUUUUCUUGUUUAUCCUUGAGUUCCCCUCGCCUUGAAUGCUUGUCUAAACAGAAAAUUACUUCUCUUUAGGUCUUACUUUAGCUGUGAUCUGUUAAAUACUACUAUAAUUAAGGUUCAAUUAGAGUUGUCGGUUUUUGCUUA